AUGAAACAUCAAAAGAAAAAUUUUUCAAAGAAAAAUAAUUAUUUUAAAAUGAAUAUGAAUAAUGUAUCUGUUCCAAAUCGUGUUGGAUCACUACAAAGUUUAAAAUAUGACAUAAUGAAUGAUCAAUUAUCAAUAAAAAAUAAUGAUUAUGAGACGGAUGAAUUAGAUUUUGAUAAACAUACAAGUUCUUCAAAACAAAAUGAAACAUUACAUAAAGUUAUAAUUUCAAUUUCAUCAUUACCACAACAUUACUACGAUCAAACAAACGCAAAUAUUCAUCAACACCAUCAGCAAACUCAACUUCAACAACCACCUGUUUCUAUUAUAUUUCAUGUAGCAUCAAAUGACGAUAUUCAAACAAAUCUCGAAACAACCAUACAAACUGUGUAUUCAGCUGGUACAUUAACAAAUUUAACUAUUCAAGAAUCUCAAUUGAAAAGAACUGAUAUAUUUCGAUCAGAAUCAACUAAAUUAUAUGAAACAAAAGAAAAUUAUGUUGAAGAGAAGAAACAUCAACAUCUCUCAAAUUUAUCAUCUUCAUCCACGAUAUUCAACAAAAAAAAUCAUAAUAUUGUUUUUACCAGAUGUAUGUGCUGCAAUACUUGUCCGUUAAUGAUGAUUAAAAAUUCAACAAAUAAUGAAGCAAUUAAUCAACCCCUUAAAACAUUACACUUUCAACAAAUUGAUAAAACAAUCUAUAUCGGCCGUUAUGAAAGGAGUACAAAUAAAAAAACGUCGGAGUUUGUCGAUCAGAUUUAUAAAUAUUUAGAAAAUAAGUAUUCAAAAGUGAAACGAGACGACUCAAUCGUACAAAAUAUAAGCAUGACAUCGUCUCUCGAUCCAUUAUCAACAAAAAUAUUAUCGAAAUUUACAAAUUUCAAUCGUUCAAAAACGUCUAUAUCUAGUGAUACAAUAUCAUUGACAUCAAAUAAUAAAUCAAUAGAGAGGUUACAAGAAAAUUAUCGUCAUUAUCUAAAGUACCAUCAAUCAUUAAAUAGACCACAGCACAUUCAAUUUCAAACAGGUGACGCCUAUAUUCGAUGCCCAAAACAUCAACAACAAGUUCAUGUAAAACUAUUACCAAAAGAAAAUAAUAAGGAUAAUUCAUUAUUUUAUCUUGUUCAUUCAAUACCGUUGACCGUGAAAUCAAUAAAUACAUUAUCAUCAGUAAUAUCGAUCGAUUCAUCGUCAAAAAUCUCGUCCAACUUGAAAAAUUAUACGAAAAAACAUUUCUGCUCCAGAAUAUCGACAAACGUUUCGUUAUUGGAUAUAUCUGACUGUUUUCAUACUGAUUAA